GACGACCUAAACCUUUUAUUUGUCAAUAGGGAAGGUAAUUCCGUAGAUGCGCCGCCGCCCCUGUUGGACAAAGCCGAUCCAGGUUCCUCCUCCCUCUCGAUCACACAGCGUCGGAAGCCGCCGCGCCCUCUCCUCUCUCCAUCUUCUCCCGAAUCCGUGACUUUGUGAUUGAUCUUCAUCAUGUCUUCUCUCAAGGGCCUUCUUCCACCUUCAAAAUUGAACAACACUUCUCUCUAUGACCACUCAGAUGAUCCAUGGUUCAAGGAACGGUACAGCACCUCAGCGGAUACCACCCUAUCUGCAUCUAUCAAGCCAAAUCCUGUACCACCAUAUGGAAAACGCUCGGGUUUUGUUCCAAGGAAGCCCGAGGACUUUGGCGAUGGAGGUGCCUUUCCUGAGAUCCAUGUAGCUCAGUACCCUCUUGGCAUGGGAAGGAAGGAUCAGAAGCCUGGCUCCAAAAUCCUCGCCCUCACAGUUGAUUCGCAGGGAAAGGUUGCAUUUGAUGCUGUUGUGAAGCAGAAUGAGAAUUCCUCAAAGAUUGUUUACUCUCAGCACAAGGAUCUUGUUCCAAAGGUUGGUUUGGAGAAUGAGAAUGAUGCGGAUGAUGAGGAAAAGGAUAUUGAGGAAACCACACAGCGAACUAAGGAAGCUCUGGAGAAGAUUGUUAAUGUGAGAUUGAGUGCGGCUCAGCCGAAGAAUGUACCUACUCAAUCCAACGAAUCAAAGUUCAUCAAGUAUAAACCUUCACAGCAGUCUGCAGCAUUUAAUUCUGGCGCAAAGGAGAGGAUUAUUCGGAUGGUUGAGACGCCUGUUGAUCCACUUGAGCCUCCAAAAUUCAAGCACAAGAGAGUGCCAAAGGCAUCAGGAUCGCCUCCAGUGCCAGUGAUGCACUCCCCACCACGACCUGUCACGGUGAAGGAUCAACAGGAUUGGAAGAUUCCUCCUUGCAUCUCGAACUGGAAAAACCCAAAAGGUUAUACAAUUCCAUUGGACAAACGUUUGGCUGCAGAUGGCAGGGGUCUUCAGGAUGUCCAAAUCAAUGAUAACUUUGCUAAGCUUUCUGAGGCAUUGUAUGUGGCUGAGCAGAAAGCAAGAGAGGCCGUUGCAAUGAGAUCGAAGGUUCAAAAGGAGCUGAUGUUGAAGGAGAAAGAAAGAAAGGAGCUGGAGCUUCGAGCAUUGGCACAAAAGGCACGCUCUGAGAGAACUGGAAUUGCUCCAGCUGCUGCUGUUCCUUCGUCUACAGAGAAGAUUAUGAUGGAUGAUGCUGAAAUUGGAGAACCACAAGAACAACGGAGGGAGAAUAGGGAAGAACGAGAAGAACGGCUGCAGCGUGAUAAGAUUCGAGUAGAGCGGAAGCGCGAAAGGGAGAGAGAAAGAAGGCUGGAGAGCAGGGAUGCUGCAAUGGGGAAAAAGAGUAAGAUCACUAGGGAUAGGGAUCGGGAUAUUAGCGAAAAGGUUGCACUUGGCAUGGCUAAUGUCGGAGCUGGACGUACUGGAGAGGUCAUGUAUGACCAGAGGCUCUUUAAUCAAGAUAAAGGAAUGGACUCUGGGUUUGCAAAUGAUGAUCACUAUAACAUAUACGAUAAGGGUCUAUUUACUGCACAGCCCACACUCUCUACGCUCUUCAGACCCAAAAAAGAUGCCGAUGCAGAUAUGUAUGGAGGUGCAGACGAGCAGCUAGAGAAGGUCCUGAAAACUGAGAGAUUCAAGCCUGACAAAGCAUUCACUGGUGCUUCCGAGAGGGUUUCUGGUAGUAAGAGAGAAAGGCCAGUGGAGUUUGAUAGGCAGGAAGAAAAUGAUCCUUUCGGUUUGGAUCGUUUCUUGACAGAAGUGAAGGGAGGCAAGAAACCACUUGAUAAGAUUGGUGGUGGUGGAUCUAUGAAAGCGAGUGCUGGGUCUUCAAUGAGGGACGAUUAUGCUGGAGGCUCUGGAAGAAGCCGUAUCGACUUCCAAAGAGGGCGUUGAGAUUCCAGAAUUACAUAAUGGAUGGUCUAUAUGUCAGAUCGACGAAUGAGCUACUGUGCAAAAAUGUGUGGAUGUAUUGGUGAGCAAUUCAAACAUCCGAUGCUUAAAUGUACUUUUACGUAUUGCUGUAAGCAGUUAUUAUGUUUACUAGGCAACAGUUUAUGAAUAUGAUUAUGUAGUCUCUGAUAUUUAAAUUUCUCAAGUUUGUAUCUCGGAGAAUUUAAAUCUGUGAGCUGAAACUGUGACUAUAAUUCCUAGUGACAAUGGAAUUUCUAUCAUUCAGUCUGAA